AUGUCUGAGCCUAAAGUUCAGACAGCUGAUUCUCCUCACAUGGAUAACUUGAAAUUGUUCUCAGCUGAACAUGGGCUGAAAGUGUUCAAGCCGACUUACCUCGCCGCUUCCUCUUCUGUGCACAAGCGUGUCUGUGAGCUCCGGCGGGUCCGGGCUGCCCGCGACCCCGCUCUGGGGGCUCCCGAACCGGACCGGGACCGCGGCCGCUCCCGCCCGGCCCCACGAGCCGGAGGGAGAUGGGUCUGUCCCGAUCCCGUCCGCAGGACGGGGCACCCACGGGCCGCGUCUGUCCCGGCCCAGGCCGGGGAGGCCGCUCGUGUGUGGGGGCUGCCGCCGACCCUCGCAGCCGCCGCCCAGCCCGGCGGGCGGAGCGCGGGGUGGUCUCUGGGAGCGGGGGGCCCCGGCGGGAGGCGAGUGCGGGCUGCGGGGGGAGAGACCGCGGGGAGGCAGGGCAGGAGCGCGGCUGGGACUUCCCCCCGAAUGCACCCUUUGGCCGCUGUGCAGGCGGUGCAAGAGCGGCUUCGCCAGAGCGGAAAGCGCCCAGAGGGGCAGCGGGCGAAGUCCUCGGCCUCGCCCAUCCCGCCAGGUUCCCCCGGGAGGCUACGCUGCUCCGCCGGGACAGGGCUGCCAGGUUCCCCCAGGACAGGGCUGCCAGGUCCCCCGCGGGACCCCGGGGCGCGGGACAGACCCAGCUCCGCGCUGAGGCGACCCCACCCCGCUCCUUCCCGGAGCGCUCCAAGUUUUUCACCCCGCUCUCAGCGGGGUGGAAAAAACGUUUCCCCCGCCCUCGGCUGCGAAAACGCUUUCAGUGGGAGCACUGGGAGCUGCAGCGCGGCUGGGGAUGAAACCCCAGGAGUUCCCGCUCCGUGCCCGUGCCUCGCUCCGUCCCGGCGCUGACGAGAGGUAGCUCUG